AUGAUAAAUGGUAGAAUGUCACUAUCGAAAAUAUGUAAAAGUAUCUCGCAAGCAUUACCUGCAGCUGUCGCAUGGGCACUAAUUGUCGUUUGUACGGGUUGCUUUUUUUAUUUAUUGAUUCCAGCAUUAAUACAACAAUUUCAUUAUUGGGGUUAUGUGAUGUGUGCUGUGGAUGCGAUACUUUUCCUUUUAGUAAUGUCGAACUUAUUCAUGGCAACGACUCUCGAUCCUGGAGUUCAUCCACUUGCUACAACUUCUGAAGAGCAACAGUUGGAUGAUUUUCGGUCACCUUUGUAUAAAAAUGUAGAAAUUAAUGGAAUAACUGUUCGUAUGAAGUGGUGUGUUACUUGCAAAUUUUAUCGCCCGCCUCGCGCAUCACAUUGUUCCGUUUGUAAUCGUUGCAUUGAUGCAUUCGAUCAUCAUUGUCCAUGGGUGCACAAUUGUGUGGGUCGAAGAAAUUAUCGAUAUUUUUUCUUUUUUCUUUUUUUUUUAAGUUUACAUAUGAUUUGCGUAUUUUGUUUGGCCCUAUCUUAUACGAUUCUUAACAGGACUGACUUAUUAACUAGGCCGAAUUUAUGUUCAAUAAUAUUGAUGGCGUUAUGCGUCUUAUUAGCCGUGCCUGUUGUAGGUCUCACGAUUUUUCAUGUGAUUUUAGUUGUUCGUGGUAGAACAACAAAUGAACAGGUUACGGGCAAAUUUCGUUCUGGGUAUAAUCCGUUUACAGUCGGUUGUCUGGGAAACAUUCAAAGAACUCUCUUCUCCAGUCAAUUUCCUUCCUUCGAAGCGAUUAUUGCUCAAAAGCGAAAAAUAGAAAAGAAAAAUAGUCGUUAUCCAUAUGCGAUGUAUGUGCCGGAUGUAAAUGCAACCAGUAAAGCUAAAGGACCUAUAAGACUUAAAAAGUUGGAUAAUGAGAAUGAAUCUGUCAAAAUUUCAUUAGCAGCCAAUCAUUCGUUUAAUCCAGGUGGUACUACUGAUGGAUCUAAAUGCAAUUUGUUUGAAGAGCAAGAUAUUAAGAGUUUGAGACGGCAGAGUGCAUUAUAUCAUGCUGCUGUUGAAGAAUCGAUGCGCGAAGCUCAUUCGCGAACUAUGAGCGUUACAAGUGGUGCUGCUGUGGGCAAUAUUAUUUCUUCACCAGAAAAGCCUGGGAUGAUUCGGUCAGAAAGUGCUUUUGUAGAAGGUCCGUCACUGCAGUGGAAAAAAGAAAAUAUUUCUGUUGAAAAUGGCGGUCAACUGCCAAUCGAUCGUCUUAAGCCUUUGAAAUUUACUGAAGCUGUACGUUUGCAUGAAACGUUAAGCGCUCAUAACAUUAGCGUUUAA